UUCCGGUGUGUGAGUGAACUGUCAUGGCAGCGCCCUGUCGGAGGGUUACUUCCAGUCUGCAGAGAAACCAGUUUACAUGUUAACCAGUUUAUCUACACGUAAAGCAGUACAUAUCUAGAGUCUAUAGGGCAACGGAGGGACUGCACGCUGAUUGGACGAUGAGCCGCCAGUGAUGAUGUCAUCAGUGAUGCGUGCGGCGCGGCGUCUCCACGGCGACCACGCUCUGCUCGGCCGCUUGUUGUCUCCGGCCCGAAGCCCCGCCCCCCUCCUCACCUGUCAGCCGGACAGGAAUUUCGCCUCCAAACAGGGUCCAAAGCGAGAGCCGAAGGUCCAGAAGGUGAAGCAGGACAAACAGGAAGUGGAGAUCCGACAGAGGAUGACGGUGACGGCACUCGCUGACGCCAUGAACAAAGACUUUGACCACGUUAUGGAGGCGCUGCUCAACACGGCCGUGGAUCUGGACUCUCUGGAGCCGGACUCUGUUCUGGAGGAGCGCUGGAUCAAAGAGGUGGUGACCCGGUCCGGGAUGAAGUUCAAAUGGGAGAAACUGAGCGAGAGCCGGGAGAGACCCAACAGGGAGGCACACAGGAAGCCCGUCGACCCCUCCCGCCUGGUGCCCCGUCCCCCCGUGGUGACCAUCAUGGGGCACGUGGACCACGGGAAGACCACCCUGCUGGACUCCCUGAGGAAGAGUCAGGUGGUGCUGAGUGAGGCAGGGGGGAUUACGCAACACAUCGGAGCCUUCCUGGUGCAGCUCCCAACAGGAGAGAGGAUCACAUUCCUGGACACCCCGGGUCACGCCGCCUUCUCCUCCAUGAGGGGCCGCGGCGCCGACGCCACCGACAUCAUCGUCCUGGUGGUCGCCGCUGACGACGGCGUGAUGAACCAGACGGUGGAGUCCAUCCAGCACGCCAGGAGGGCGGGAGUGCCGAUGAUCGUGGCGGUGAAUAAGUGUGAUAGGCUUCAGGCGGACCCUCAGAGGGUGAAGCAGGAGCUCCUUGCUCACGAUGUGGUCUGUGAGGAGUUCGGAGGAGACGUCCAGGCCAUCCACGUGUCCGCGCUGAAGGGCGAUAACCUGCUGGAGCUGGCCGAGGCCACGGUGGCACUGGCUGAGGUCCUGGAGCUGAAGGCCGACCCGGGCGGCGCCGUGGAGGGACUGAUCAUCGAGAGCCGCACAGAGAGAGGCCGAGGCCCGAUGACGACGGCGCUGGUCCAGAGAGGAACACUGAGGCGAGGCAGCAUCCUGGUAGCGGGGAGGAGCUGGGCCAAGGUCCGCUUCCUGUUUGAUGAGAACGGCCGGGCGCUGGAGGGGGCGGGACCCAGCGUUGCCGUGGAGGUUGCCGGGUGGAAGGACCUGCCGGCCGCCGGAGAGACCAUGCUGGAGGUGGAGUCAGAGCAGCGAGCAAAGGAGGUGGUGGAGUGGCGGCUGCAGCAGCAGGAGCAGCAGCAGCUGCUGGAGGAGCAGGAAGUGAUCCAGCUGAAGCAGCAGCAGCACCGGGACCAGCACCGGGACCAGCGGGGGGGGCUGGAGCACCUCAGCUGGAGGCAGAGGAAGAAGGUCCUGUACCGGGACCACAAGGACCAGUUCUGCUCCAGGCCCAGUGAGAAGACCUCCAAAGGUGGGGCGGGGCUGCCGCUCAUCAUCAAAGGUGAUGUGGACGGCUCGGUGGAGGCCCUCCUGAGCAUCCUGUCCUCGUAUGACGCUCAGCAGCAGUGUCCUCUGGACGUCGUGCACUACGGCGUCGGAGACGUUUCAGAGUACGACGUCAACAUGGCCAACACCUUCUCAGGUUCCAUCUACGGCUUCAACGUGACGGCCGGUAAGGCCGUCGUCCAGCUGGCGGCGAAGCUGGACGUCCCGCUGCGGCUGCACAGCAUCAUCUACAAGCUGAUCGACGAGUUGAAGGACGAGCUGAGCAGCAAGCUGCCGCCUCUGAAGGCGGAGAACAUCGUGGGUGAGGCGACGGUUCUCGCCAUGUUCGACGUCUCGGUGGGGAAGAGGAAGCUUCCUGUUGCGGGCUGCCGGGUUCAGAAAGGUCAGCUGGACCGGAGGAUGAAGUUCAGACUGAUCAGAGGACGAGACGCAGUCUGGGAGGGCUCCCUGCUGACUCUGAAGCACCACAAAGAUGAGGUCCAGACGGUGAAGUUGGGGAUGGAGUGCGGUUUGUCAGCGGACGGCGAGGUAGAGUUCACAGCCGGAGACGUGGUGGUGUGCUUCGAGGAGCUCGACGCUCCGCAGGUCACCUCCUGGGACCCCGGCUUCUGAACUCCACGUCCCAGCAUGCACUGCUGCGGAUUCAGACUGAUGUAGAUGAGAUCAUUUAAAGUCGUCCAAAGAAGAAAUAAAUAUCCAGAUCUGGUCUGAAAGCUGGCGGGAUUACGAAUGUCUUUAGGUCCUGAUAGGAGUCUGAUGAGUGUAAUCUGAUUACUCUUGACAUGGUAACAGUGUACAGAGUACGUAUUUAUGCUUUUGUAAUCAUUUCAAAUGUGUUGGCUUUGCAAUAAAUUCUAAAUAGGUCUGA